GCGCACACUACAGAUUUGUUCAUCUCUGAAGAUUUAACCUGAAGGCGCUUUGGUUCCUCUUUGGGAAUGGUUGUUUGAAAUUCCUUCCCGCAGAAAUUCGAUCCCGGAGCAAAGGCAAUCUUUUCGAGAUCGAGAACGUGGACUGCGUAGGAGAGGUCUUAAGCGUGAUUCAUACAAGCUGGUCAUCGAAGUACAGAACCGCCUUGCAGGAUGGCCGCUUCAGAGCUCCCGAGUUCAGGGAAUGUACCUCAUGGUCUCGGCCAGGUUCAGGGCCCAGCUGGCGCGACAACUGGAAUGCCAACGCCUGACAUUGAUUCGGAUCUGCAUUUGAUAUGGCCUGAGGAAGAGGAUGGCUUUGGCUGGGAUGAACAGGAGGACCAAGUGAUUGGCCGGGAGGAAGAGGAGGAACCGGCAGCAGGGGAGGAGGAUCAGGGCUCGAGAUGA